GUAGUAUGGCGGACCAGGAGCAGCAGACCAGCACGAAGAAGACGCCGUCCGACUUCCUCAAGGGCGUGCUAGGCCGCCCUGUGGACGUGAAGCUUAAUAACGGCGUGGAGUACAAGGGCGUGUUGGCCUGCCUGGAUGGCUUCAUGAACAUCGCAAUGGAGCAGACGCAGGAGUAUCAAAAUGGGCAGCUGAAGGCGCAGUACGGCGACUGCUUCAUCCGUGGCAACAACGUGUUGUACAUUUCGGCGUCAAAGUAAAUCGACGGUCAAAUGCAGAAGCUGUAUUAAACCAAUAAACGCGGCGUGGCGUUUGUGUUGGUGGCUAUGCUACUGGCACUCCAUGACUCCACAUUAAAAAAAAUACAGCACUGCUUGCCGGCAACA